AGUUGAAACCCCACAAGAAAUAAUAAAGUGAAAGACUUUGGAAGAGAACAAAGGUGAGAAAAAUAUAACAAUCAAAAGCCUAAUAAGCAUUUUCCCUAUUUUCUUUCCUUCUCCUUUCCUCCAUUCAAACCCCACCUCAAAUCCUCAUCUCUCACCCCCAUUUCCUGCCGACGAGCGGCGGCGGAGGCGGCGGCGGCACAACAACAAACCCCAUCAAUGGAAAUCACCUCUUCUUCAACCACAACAACAAGAUCAUCCCAUGAAAGAGAAACAAACCCAUCUCCCAAUACUUCCCCAAACAGCGCCGGCACCGCCAAUCCCCCGCCUCCUCCUUCUCCCAAGCUUCUCCCCAGAUCUGAUUCCAAUCCUUACCCCACCACUUUCGUUCAAGCAGAUACCACCAAUUUCAAGCACGUCGUUCAAAUGCUCACUGGCUCAUCGGAAUCUUCUCCCCGUCCACCACACCCACCGUCGUCUUCCAAACACUGUUCUAUUCCUCCGCCGUCACAAGACCCAUUUCAAUCCUCCAAGAACUUCGCUAUUCCUCCCAUCCGAACUGCCCCCAAGAAACAGCAGAGUUUCAAGCUCUAUGAAAGAAGAAAUCACCUCAAAAAUAGCCUCAUGAUCAAUACCCUAAUCCCUAAUUUCUCCUCUGCCGGUGGGUUUUCUCCACGCAACGCUGAGAUUCUCUCGCCUAGCAUCCUUGAUUUCCCUUCCCUUGCACUCAGCCCUGUUACGCCUUUGAAUGAUGACCCAUUGUUCGACAAAUCGUCAUCCUCGCCGUCGCUUGGCAGCUCAUCGGAGGAGGAGAAGGCGAUUGCCGAAAAGGGGUUUUACUUGCAUCCAUCGCCGAUGAACACACCGAGAGCCGCCGACCCGCCGCAGCUUCUGUCUCUGUUCCCGGAGACAUCGCCGAGGGUUUCUGGAUCGUCGUCGUCUUCUUCGUAAGAAAACGUGGGUCUCUGUUUGUUUGUUUUUGUAGAGAUUUCUAAGUUUUGAUUGAUUCCUCUUCCCCAAGAACGAGGAUCGUUGAUCAAUCAACUGGGUUUGAUGAAUUGGGAGGAGAGAGAUCUUGGUUCGAAUCUUCGCUUGUACAAUUUGAUGAGAAAUCCAUUGAACUGAACUUCCCUUUUAUUUCAA